UGACGUAGAAGUAGAAGACGCCAUUAGAGAGCUGAGCGAAGCGAUAGCCAGAUAUUGAGCCUGCGCUGUUGACGUCGAUCCUAUUGCCCCACGGAGGGAUUUGUGUUGCCCGGUUUUUCUGUAGCAUCGGUCUGUUUUGUCACUGAACGAUAACUGAUGUGACUGGCAAGCCGCACUUCUCUUCUGGGCUGCUUUUUAAUUUCCAAGGAAGGAUUUUUUGCGAUGGCGGCUGGGGGAGCGGGAGGCAGUAGUAAAACCUAUUCUUUCAAGGUGGUAUUGCUGGGCGAAGGCUGUGUCGGGAAGACGUCGCUCGUCCUGCGGUACUGCGAGAACAAAUUCAACGACAAACACAUCACCACGCUCCAGGCAUCUUUCCUCACAAAGAAGCUAAACAUCGGAGGGAAAAGAGUGAAUCUGGCAAUUUGGGACACGGCAGGCCAGGAGAGGUUCCACGCCCUGGGGCCCAUCUACUACAGAGACUCCAACGGAGCCAUUUUAGUCUAUGACAUCACAGACGAGGACUCCUUCCAGAAGGUGAAAAACUGGGUCAAAGAAUUAAGAAAAAUGUUGGGCAAUGAAAUAUGUUUAUGUAUAGUAGGUAAUAAAAUUGACCUGGACAAGGAGAGACAUGUAUCAGUUCAAGAUGCAGAAGAGUAUUCCGAAUCUGUUGGAGCAACGCACUACCACACUUCAGCCAAAUUAAACAAAGGCAUUGAAGAGGUCUUUCUGGACCUUUGUAAAAGGAUGAUGGAGGUCGCGCAGGCGGACGAGAGGUCGAAGGGCAACGGGGCGAGCCAGUCCGGCGCUGCGCGACGGGGGGUACAGAUCGUGGACGAUGAACCCCAAACUGCCACAGGAGCGGGGUGCUGCUCUUCUGGCUAGUGCCAUUAACGCACACACACAGGGAAACACUCUAACAUACUCAUAUACACAGGCACACACACACACACACACACACACCAUAGAACUUUGGACCCUCCGCCUUCCCUCUGGCUCCUGUCUGAUGAGACUGCCAUUCCUCAAGUCACAUGUCCCCCUCCAGCCCUGGAAUAACAUGCUUAACAGUAUUCCCAGUAACCAUAUUUAUACCACUCAAACAAAUCCUCAAACUACUGCUGAGAGCUGUGUACUGAAAAAGUAAUUACCAAUGCCCUUCUGAAGCCACACCCCCUUUCCUUUUAUCCCCUUAGCAACAACCCCCCCCCCCCCCACAAAUUCAUAACCUUUUCUUUGACAUGGAUAAUGUGCAUGUUGAAUCAAGUUCUGUAAAAACCUAAUUUGUUUUACUUAAAAAAAAGAAUUAUUAACUUAUGUAUUUGUUCUAUGAAGAUCAUUACUCGUUCAGACCCUGGGUAUUUUUGUGGUAAAUUGUGAGAGUUCUGCAGAUCCGCCAUGUCUCUUUUAAAUUUGGCAGAUAUCUCAUACUAUUUUUGCACUGGCCCAUAACUGUCAAUGCUCUUGUUAUACUGUACUUCUCUCUGUUUGCAGAGUCGGAAUAUAAAAUGAAAAACAUUCUUCGAUACAUAUUGAAUAUUUGAUCUGCUUUUACAAGCUUUUGGGGAAAAAAACUGCAAGUGUAGAAAAGUGUAAAUUAGUCUUGUUAAUGAUUGUAUAAUGAAAUUAACAGCUGUUGGUGGAAAAAGCACUUUUUGGAAUUGUAAUUUUUUUAACUGCUAGUAUCAUGAGUGUUUUGUAAUAGAAGAAUUAUAAUAAUUUACAAUG